AUGUCUGCAGAGAAGAAGCCAAAAAAGAAGAAAGAGGAGGCCAAUGGCACCACAGAAGCCAAGUUGAAUGGAUCUGAGGCCAAACCCAAAAAAACAAAGACCAAGAAGAGUGAAGAUGCAUCAGAAGAGGAAAGCCCUGCCAUUCAAAAUGGAAAGAAGGUAAAGAAAAAGAAACCAGAAAAGAGUAACGACGAACCAGUAAAAGAAAAGGAGAAAGACAAAGAGAAAGAGCCGAAAAAGAAAACCAAAAGUGCUCCAAAAAAGAAGAAAGAUUCAGGCUCAGAUGACGACAAUGAUGACGACGAUGAUGAGGAUACCCCCAAAAAAAAAACAAAGAAAAAAACAACAAAGGACAGCUCUCCAUCUGCAAGUUCUGGCAAAGAGAAGAAAUCUAAAUCUAAAGAUGAGAAAGAUUCUGAUGGAAAAGAAAAAAAGUCCAAGUCAAAGGAUAAAGAGAAAGAGAAGGAUAAGAAGAAGGAACCAUCCUCAAUGUUCCAGAUAAAUGGAGAUAAAGACUCUAAAAGCAAGAAGAAAGCUGCCAAAUCAGACAGUGAUGACAGUGAAGAGGAGACAAAGUCAAGCAAGUCAAAGAAGAAAUCCACUGCCGGCGCAUCAUCCAUGUUUCAAGCAUCUGGAGACAAGGACAAGGACAAAGACAAGAACAAGGACAAGGACAAGGACAAAGACAAAGACAAGAAGACAAAGAAGAAAGGAAAGGCAGAAGAGAGUGAUGAUUCUGACUCGGAAAAAGAGGAAAAAUCCAAGAAGAAAAAGGGCAAAGGGAAGAAGAAAAAGGAGAGAGCUCCAUCACCUGAGAUUGAGUUUGACAACUUGGAGAAAUUUGUGAUGGAUCCGGCUCCGCAGGGCGUGACAGUCAAAUGCAGAGUGACUCGAGACCAGCGGGGGAUGGACAAGAGCCUUUAUCCUCUUUAUUAUCUUCAUCUUGACAAUGACAAAAAGACAUUCCUGUUGGCUGGGAGGAAAAGAAAGAAAAGUGCAACUUCAAAUUAUCUCAUCUCAAUAGAUGCCACAGAUUUAUCGAGAGGAGGAGAGAAUUUUGUUGGGAAGCUGAGGUCAAAUUUAAUGGGGACUAAGUUCACCGUAUUUGACAAUGCUCUGAAUCCAGAAAGAGCUCUUCCAGACCUGUCGAAUGCACGGCAGGAGCUAGCAGGUAUCAUCUAUGAAACAAAUGUGUUGGGGAUGAAAGGGCCCCGAAGGAUGUCGGUCAUCAUCCCGGGAAUGGACAAAGACAAUGAUCGAGUCCCCCUCCGACCACGAAAUGAUUGUGACGGCUUGUUGAUAAGGCACCAGAAUAGGAGGAUGGAAAAUCUGAUCGAGCUUCACAACAAGACGCCUGUGUGGAACGAAGAAUCAGCGUCUCAUGUGCUCAACUUUAACGGCAGGGUCACCCAGGCCUCCAUCAAGAACUUCCAGAUAGUCCAUAACAAAGACUUGGACUACAUUGUGAUGCAGUUUGGACGAAUAGCCGAUGACAUUUUCACACUGGACUUCAACUACCCGAUGUGUGCUGUGCAGGCCUUUGCCAUCGCACUUUCCAGUUUCGACGGCAAAAUUGCCUGUGAAUAA